GGGGCUAAGGCGGUGGAUUUUGGGGCUGGAAGCAAGCAGCAGAACCAUGGCCAGGGGUGAAGGUGAUGUCCUGAGGGGCUGCACCAGCAUGCUCUGGGGGCUGCUUUGGUUGCUCAGCGCCUCUGCCUCCACCCCACCUCACCUUGGCGAAGACUUCGUGGUGGCCUUCAUGCAGAACGGGCUGCAGCAGACCCUCAACAGCGACUUCAAGCUGCUCCUCACCGGUUACUCCCCCUUUACCUCCGUCACCAUCUCCAUGAAGAGGCCGGGUUUGAGGAUGACGGUGCAGGCCACCACGGGCCAAACCAUCCUGGUGAAGAUCCCCCCCCAAGCCGAGAUGGUUGGGAGCAAAGCCUUCGACAACACCGUGGUGGUGAAGGCCACCAACGCCGUCUCCUUGGUCAUGGUCAACGAGAAGCCCACCUCGGUGGACUCCACCGCGGUGCACCCGGUGCACGCUUGGGGCACCGAGUACCACGUUGUGACCCCCAACGUGGGCACCGACCGCUACGGGGAGUUCGUGGUGGUCUCUUGGGAUGAAGCCACCGUGGUUGACAUCCACCUCAAAGCCACCGUGACCUACCAAGGCCGGACAUACCCUCGGGGCUCAGUUCUUGCCAUCAAACUGGAGCCUUUCCAAGCAGCCCAACUCCAAAGCCCAUCUGAUAUGUCCGGCACCAGGAUCAUGGCCCAUAAACCUGUGGCUGUCUUCACCGGUCACACUUGCUUGGCCAGGUUCACCCAAUGCGACCAUUUGGUGGAGCAGCUCCAACCCGUUUCUAGCUGGGGAACCACCUUCAUUGUGCCCCCAUUGCCCUUUGAGACCCAAGCAGACAUCAUCUACGUGUCCACCUCACAGAAGACCCGUGUGGAGUCUCAACACGGGGUCUCCAAAGAGGUCCGGGAGCUACGGCCAAGCAGGUCAACGCUCUACGGUCUCCAAGCCUUUAACACCUUGUACCUGUCGGCCAGUGCUGGCAUCCAGGUCAUCUUCUUUGCCGAUGGAGGUACCAAGGAGUCCAUCUCUUAUGACCCCUUCUUCAUGACCAUCCCAGAUGUCUCCAGCUACUGUCACUCCUACAGCGUCAUCGCUCUGGAUGGGUAUGAGAACUACGCCCUGCUCAUAGCCAAGACCUCGGAGACGUCCUCAAUGAUGCUCAACAAGAGCCCCUUGAGGAACAUCAUGUGGAAGAAGGUCCCAGGGACCGACUACUCCUGGGCUGAGCAGAGCUUGGGCAGCCAGUUCUCGGUCCAUACGGUGGAGAAUGAGGUGUCCCCCUUCGGGUUGCUGAGUGUGGGCAUCCGGGAGCAGAAAGCCUACGGGUCGGCGGCUGUUUGUGACAGUGAUCCCUGCCGGCUCCUGAAGUGCCGCACAAAGGAGACCUGCAAGUUGGAGAAGGGGGUGGCCACCUGCAUCCAUGACUACAUGGGCACCUGCAUGGGCUCACAGGCCUUGCAGUACCACACCUUUGAUGGGAUGACCAUGGACAUCCGUGGUGGUUGCACCUACACCAUUGCCAAGUCCUGUGGCAACGAUCCCACCUUGGUGCCUUUCGUUGUGGAAGAGAAGAAGAGUGAAGGCAACGUCAAGGAGUGGUUGACCAAGGUCUAUGUGUAUGGUUCCAACAUCUCCAUCCAUGUAGGGGAAGGAGGUAAAAUCCAGGUCAACAAGAAGCCCAUCAAUGUGCCAACCACAUUGGAAGCUGGGAAGAUCCAGAUCUCCCAAAACGAAGGGAGGCCCAUGCUCCAAACAGCCUUUGGGCUGCAGGUGACUUAUGACGAAGAUUGGGCCAUAAUGGUGGCCGUGCCCAGCAGCUACUUCGGGGCUACCUGUGGCCUCUGUGGCAACUUCAAUGAGGACACUGAGGAUGAGAUGACCCUUUCUGAUGGCACCCAAGCUGCUACCAUGGAGGACUGGGCUGAAAGCUGGCGAGAUGCCUCCUGCCAAGAUGAUUGUGAAGGCCAGGAGAUGCUGCAGGACACAUGUGCUCAAAGAUGCCCCCAAAACAGCCACUUCGAGGCCUGUGGGACAGGGUGUCCUGCCACCUGCACCCACCCCAGAGGUCCCACCUCCUGCACUGAACCCUGCACCCCGGGGUGCCAUUGCAACGAGGGCUUCGUCCUCCACAACCGCACGUGUGUCCCAAUGCAGACCUGCCCUUGCAUCCACAACGGGCGCUCCUACAAGGCCCUAGAGGAGUUUUGGGACGAUGGGACGUGCCAAAACUGGUGUAGGUGCAAUGGUGGCCAAGUGACCUGUAGGAAGAGGGGGUGUAAAGCCCAUGAGAAGUGUGCGGUGGUCAAUGGCGUCCCAAGGUGCCAGGUCAUGAAGCACCUCACGUGCAUUGGCACGGGUGACCCUCACUACACCACCUUCGAUGGGUUGAGAUACGACUUCCAAGGGACCUGCAUCUACCAGUUUGCCGCCCUCUGCGCCCAAAGGGACCCUGAACUGGUCCCAUUCACCGUCAAGGUGGAGAACAACAACCGGGGCAGCAAAGCUGUGUCCUUCACCAAGACCCUCACCCUGGAGGUCUAUGGCAACGUCAUCACCAUGAGCCAGGAGCAUCCACGCAAGGUCAUGGUCAAUGGUGCCUUCGUGGAGCUCCCAUUCACCAAGAAGGACCAGUUCGAGCUCUACCACAGUGGUGUCCAUGGCUUUGCCCGCACGGCCUUUGGUCUAAGGGUGAGCUUUGACUGGUACAGCUAUGCCCGUGUCCUCCUCCCUGAGGCCUACGCUGGUGCCGUCUGCGGCCUCUGUGGCAACGCCAAUGGAGACCCCAACGAUGACUUUGUGACCAGCGAUGGCCAACGGGCCACCGAUGAGGUCCACUUGGCUAACAGCUGGAAGGUCGGAGAUGUCCCUGGUUGCUCCUCUGGUUGCGAAGGGGAUUGCCCAACGUGCACCCAAGAGGAGAAGGAGCCCUACCUUGGGGAUGGGUAUUGCGGGGUCAUCGCCAAGGUGGAAGGGCCAUUCAGGGCUUGUCAUGGUGUGGUCAACCCAAUGGCCUUCCUGGAGGAUUGUGCCUUUGAUGCCUGUCACUACAAAGGCCACCGGGACACCGUGUGUAAAGCCAUUGCUGCCUACGUGACCGAGUGUCAAAGCCAAGGAGUCAACGUGGAGCCAUGGAGGACGUCGACCUUCUGUGGCCCUUCCUGCCCUCGGCAUUCCCACUACGAGCUCUGCGGGAGCAGCUGCCCCACCACGUGCCGUGGGAUCGCCAAUGCUUGUGACUCAACCCCAUGCACCGAGGGCUGCUUCUGCGACCAGGGCUUUGUCCUCAGUGGGGACGAGUGCGUCCCGGUGACCGAGUGCGGCUGUGAGCACCAGGACCUCUACUACAAGAAGGGCGAGGUCUUCUUCUCGUCGUGCCGGGAGAGGUGCCGCUGCGAAGCCAAUGGGGUGGUGGAGUGCCAAGAGGCCUUCUGCGGUGCCCAUGAGGAGUGCAGGGUGCAGGACGGGCUCUUGGGGUGCUACCCCACCAGUUACGGGCGCCUGGUGGUGUCCGGAGACCCCCAUUACGUGACGUUCGACGGAAGAGCCUUCGACCUCUCUGGUUCUUGCACCUACGUCUUGGUGCAGCUCUGCAAGCCGGAGAGGCAGCUGAUGGACUUCUCGGUGCUGCUGGAGCACGACGUGGGCCACCGGGGCAACGUGGCCUUGAUGAAGAAGGUGGUCACCUCCAUCCACGGCUACACGGUCAGCAUGGAGAGGGGACGGCCAUGGGAGGUUGUGGUGGAUGGGGAGAGCUACACACUGCCCUUGGUCACCAAGGACAAGAAGCUACGGGUUGGCCAAGAAGGCAACAACAUCGUCCUCCAGACCAUGGCCGGCAUCCGGCUCCUCUACAACGUGGCCACCUACCUCCUGGUCACCAUCCCUGCCGCCUACAAGGGCCACGUGUGCGGCUUAGGUGGCAACUACAACGGGGACCCCAGCGAUGACUUCCAGGUGCCCGGAGGCUCCUUGGCGCAGAGCACCGAGGACUUUGUCACCUCCUGGAAGGUCCGCGGGGACGAUGGGACCUGCACCGACGGCUGCACCGCCACCGCCUGCCCCAUGUGCGACGCCGCCGAUGUCGCUCCCUACGCGGGCAGUGGAUCCUGCGGGAUCAUCCGGGAUCCGCUGGGACCUUUCAGCUCCUGCCACCCAAAGGUGAGCCCGGUGGAGUACUUCAACCAUUGCCUCCACGAUGUCUGUGCCGCUGCCGGAGCUCCCGAGGUCCUCUGCCACAGCAUCCAAGCCUACGCUGCUGCGUGCCAAGCUGCCAGCGCCGAGGUCAAAGCAUGGAGAGCGCCCACUUUCUGCCCUCUGUCCUGCCCACCACAUAGUCACUAUGAGCUCUGCACCCGCACGUGCGACUUCACCUGCUCCAGCCUCUCCAUGCCGGCCCCAUGCACGUGGACAUGCUUUGAGGGGUGUCAAUGUGAUGAUGGGUACCUCUUCGAUGGAGACACCUGCGUGUCCUUGGAGCAAUGUGGCUGCUUGCACCAGGGAAGGUACUUCAAGGCAGGAGAGACCAUCACCUCCAACAACUGCACCACAAGAUGCACUUGCCACCCGUCCCAGGGCCUUGUCUGUGAGGACACCCAGUGUCCCCAAGACCAUGUCUGCUCCACACGGGAUGGGGCUCAGCUCUGUGUCAAGCAGCAAGGCCAAUGCCACCUCAGCCCCGGGGCCUCCUUGACCACCUUCGAUGGCACCAAGGGGAUGCUCCUCACCAGCGGCACCUACAAAGUGGCCGCCCUCUGCAACGAGCAAUCACCCAACUGGUUCAAGGUGGUGCUGGAGGUCAACGAGUGCCGGGAGGACCAGGUCCCUGCUGCUGUUGCCAUCUUCAUCUUCUUCCGGGAGGCCUUCAUCACCAUCAACACCAACAUGGAGGUGUGGGUCAAUGGUCUUUCUGCCCAUCUCCCAACCAACAUCUCUAAAGCAAUCUCCUUGAGCACCACGAACGGGAACAUCACCAUCUCCCACGCAUCAGGCAUGGACGUGCUCUUCAGCCCCAAAGGCGCCGUGACGCUCACUGUUGGGGCCACCCUGGUCAACCGCCUCUGCGCUCCUUGUGGCAACUUCAAUGGGGACCCCGAGGAUGACCUGAAGCUCCCCGAUGGGCGCCUUGUGAGGAGCAUCGCCGAGGUGGUCGAUGCCUGGAAAGCCAGGGACUUUGUGGGCUGCUAUGCCUCCAAACUUGUGCGGAUGGAAGUGGAAGCCCCCGUCUACCCCAUGCAAGAGGUGAGAUCAUGCUGGGAUUGACAUGAGAAGACGCUUCCCACCCUCACCAUGCUCCAUGCUUCCAAAGGCACCCGUGGGGGUCUCCAGUUGAGGUUCUUCCAUGGUAGAAGGAAAACUGGCACGGAGCUAUGGUGGACGUCAACAGGAGCAGAUCCUAUGGCCUCAAACUCAUGGAAAAUGCUGGAUCCAACCUCAAAUUCAGGAGGAAAAAGGGAUAUUUGGAAGACCUGGCUCUCCACCAGGUAGAGCUGGGAGCCUGGAUGAUCCAUUCCAUAAUGGAUCACAAAGGGAAGCCCAAAUCAGCUUAAAAUCAAGACCCACAGAACCAAAUCCCACCGUUCCCCC